GCGAGAGUUGCAUCGAUUCACUUCCCGUAUGAGUGUAACGUGACUUUCAUGCCGCUCCGUCUCACACAUAUGUGUGCGUCUGCCAGCCAGAGGUGAACAUGGCCGAAAUUUCGGAGAGGACCCUACAAGUGGCCGUCGCGGUCUCCUUCGCCGCCGGCUUUGUGGCGGGGUGGCAGGCGAACAGAAUGAGGAGACAGUUUCUGGACUGGAGGAAGAAGCGGCUGCAAGCCAAACUGUCAGAAACUCAGAAGAAGCUGGAUUUGGCUUGAACGAAGGUGCCGGAUGCGCUGCACGUCUGCCCCUUGAGGAGUGACCUCAGAAUGACGUCACGUUACUGGGCGAUCUGCACUCUGCCUGCUUCCGGUUCCUUCAACACUUUGUGGAAAUCCUGAUCAGACUUCAUUGCAUCGGUCAACCGAUUUGAAAUGCAAAAUUGACCUUCUCACGACAGCUUCCGUUGUGUCCUAAGUCACUACCUUUGGAAGAACUUCAUCAUGCUUUAGUGUUUUUUUUCCCCCCGUCUUGUCUGUAAGAUACCCGGUGAAAUAAAUUGUCUUUUUUAAUGUUUCUGUAACUUUUUUUGUUGUUGCUUUCAUUCAGGUUUGUAGGUCAUGUGUUCUACCUUUUUGCUUUUUCAUUAUUUGAUUUUCCUCAUCACCGAUACACAUUGGAGGUGACUCAAAGGGCUACACGCCAAAAUAAUCAUUUGUAGUAGAUCAAAUCUUGUAAAUACUUGCUUUACCUAAAUAUCUUGACUUAUUCCUCGUAAAUGGUGUUUUCCUCCACGACAAUAUGCCCGGAGUUGUGGCUCCCAUCUGCUGAAUCACAUUGGGAAUCACAACUUAGACGUGAAGUAAGUAAGUAAGUAAGUAAGUUUAUAUUAUGACUUUUUUUACAAUUUAUUCUUGACAUACUAAAUGAUGGCUUAUGAAACUUUAUGGGCUGUAAUACUACCACAUUUUGGAUAUCUUAUGGAAUCAUUUUUAAUAUAAGAAAUUUUGGGCUAUGAUUAUUUUCAGUAAAUAGCUGUGAUGAGCUAUUUUAUCAUUUUUAAUCACUUCUUAUGGCUACUUUUACUCUUUAUUGGACAUUUAUGGCAUAACGUUCAAUUAAUUUAUUGCAUGACACGGUGUACCCUACCAUUUCAUUAUUUUUAUGAUACCGUUUGAUACGUUUUUUUUUUUGAAUCACUGAUGUCAUUCUUGCCUACAAAACUGACUUUCAAUGAAUUCAAUACUAUUAUUUUAUUAAAAAUAGAUUACAUACAAUACAACCCAUGUACUAAUGCAUUAUCAGGCCAAUACAUGUAUUUGCUUUUGUUUAUUUAUGUUUCCACCUCAUUAAACUGCUAAUGAAGACUGUGA